AUGUCGGAAGUAGCGGAGAUUGAGCGGCAACUUCUUUUGUACAACUCGUCAAGUCGAGGGGCACGCUUCUCUUCCGUCCUGACUUUCACCACGAAUCAAAGAAUGUCAUCUCAAGCCGGCAGCAGCGAUACAUACGGAGUGCCCGGCGCAGGCGCUGGAGGCGGAUCCAAGUACAAACCCUUCAAAGAGGAAGAAGCCAAACGACCCGAAUUUGACCCCUCUCUGUCCUACACCCUCACCAAGGCUCCGGAUGUGAAUUUCAAAGCUGGGCAAGGGCUCAACUCGCACCCCGCCUCAGCAAGAUUUGGAGCUGACGAUGCCAAGUUCCACGUGAUUCAAGUGGGCAAGACCAAAGUCUCUUCUGGCACCAUGUACAAGCUGAUGAUUUCGUCCAUCGCACCUCGUCCCGUUGCACUGGUCACGACUCUCAAUGAAGACGGCUCGCCCAACUUGGCACCCAUCAGCUGGUACCAAAUGGUCUCACACGAUCCCGCCAUGGUCAUGAUCUCGUUCGGAGGCGGAGAGAACAGGAGAAAGGACAGCGAGAACAACAUCAAGCGUCUCAAAGAAUUCUCCAUCUCUUCUUCAUCCGAGCCGUACGCAGAGGCGCUCAACUUUGCCUCCGUCGACUGUCCCACCGGUACCAGCGAAUACGCGCUAUCUGGACUGACGCCAGUCAAGAGCAAAGCCAUCCAGACGCCGAGGGUGAAAGAAGCACCCAUGUCGAUGGAGUGUGAGCUUGAAUACACGCGCGACAUCCACAACACCGACAGCAAGCACACUACCACGUUAGUGCUGGGCCGAGUAAAGGUGCUGCACAUUCGAAAGGAUACCAUCAAUCCGGAGACAGGAGCUGUAGACGCCAGUAAGACUCUUCCCGUCACUCGAAUUGGUGGGCUGCAGUACGCUCGUACGAGCGUCGGCUACGAGCUCGAACGUCCAAAGUGGAGCGAGAUCAAGGACAGGCCCGAUGUAAAAGCUGCACUGGAGAAGGGAUCACAGCCGUGGUUUGAGAGCAAGGACGAGGUACUAGAUUCAUAUCCAUGA